AUGGAAGGGGCUAAUGAUGGUGGUGCUGUGGAUAAUGAGGCAGGGGCUAAUGAGGCAGGGGCAGGGGCAAAGGCAGGGGCUGUGGAUAAUGAGGAGGGGGCAGAGGGUAAUGAGGAGGAGGAUAGUGAUGAUACUGAGUGGAUUGAAGAAGCUGAGGAUUUAGGGAACUUGUUUGAUUUUGCUGAUACUGCAGAGGCUAUAGAGGACUUUGACACUGGUGUAGAGAAGGUUUCUGAAUAUGAGGGCAGUGAGGAUGAUGUGCAAUCAUCUGAAACUGAUGAAGAGUUAGAGGGUGAGAGGCAUAGGAAGAAGAGGGUAAUCUAUGACCCUAAGUGUUGCCAUGCUGACCUGCAGAUUGUUUUAGGGAUGCAAUUUGAAGAUGGUAUACAAUGCAGAAGUGCAUUGACCAAUGUGGCUAUAGAAACAGGUAGGUUUAUUCAUUUUAGAAAUGUGAGUAAGAAGUGUUGCCUAGCUAAGUGUACUCUUCCCUGUCCAUGGAGGGUGUUGGGUAGUCUGCAGAGGAAAGAGGGAAUAUUCAAAAUCAAACAAUAUGCAGGUGAUCACACUUGUAUUAGGCAGACCAGGAACAAGAUGGUUUCAUCCACUUGGAUUGCUGCAAGGUACCUUAAUGUUUUCAGGGUUAAAUAUGAUAUGAGUAUCAAGGAGUUGAGGGAUGACAUUUUGGUUAGAUUUAAGACAGAUGUGUAUAGAGAUAGGCUGUAUAAAGCCAAGAAGAAGGCCCAAGAGAUAGUGAAGGGCUUUAUAGAGGUACAUUAUGGAACAAUUCCUAUGUAUCUUGCUGAACUUGAAAUGGUAGAUCCUCAUGGCAGGUUUCAAUUAAUUAUGAAAGAGGGAAAUGAUGGAAACAAUCAAAUGUUUCCUGUGGCAUGGGCUGUAGUGGAACAAGAGAAUGAAUCAUGCUGGAGAUGGUUCUUCAACAUACUCUGUGAAGACCUUGAAAUUGGAGAUGGUGAGGGGUGGAGCUUCAUAUCUGACCAACAGAAGAAUGUAGUGCAUUCCAUUGCACUGAGGGCUGAGCACAAAAAUUGUGCGACGCACGUAUAUAUGAACUGGAAGAAGCAACAUAAAGGGAUUACACUCAAGAAUCUAUUGUGGAGGGCAGCUAGGUGCACAAAUGAGGCUGACUUCAAGAUGGCUGUACAAGACUUGAAAAAAGAGAACCAGCAAGCAUAUGAUGACUUCAUGGCAAGAGAUUUCCAUCGAUUUUGCAAAGCAUUCAUAUCAACACAAGUUUGCAGUGACUCCAUUGACAACAACAUCAGCGAGACAUUCAAUGGCUACUUCCUUGCAGCCAGAGGUAAUCAUAUCAUACAUAUGCUUGAAGAGAUUAGAACAAGUUUAAUGGUUAGACAGGUUGAAAAAUAUGAAAAGAUGAGGCAGUGUGAUGAUAGAAUUUGUCCAACAAUUAGGAAUAUAGUAGAAAGAAGAAAGGAAGCUAGUAGCCAAUGCAUGGUAUAUCCUGCAUUAAGAGAUAAAUUUGAGGUCCAUUAUUUGGCUGAUAAGUUUGUGGUGAGUUUAGGUGAUAGAAGCUGUACAUGUAGGGUUUGGAACUUGUCUGGCAUUCCUUGUUUUCAUGCGUUGGUUGUGAUUCAUUUCAUGAAUCUUGAUGUUUAUGACUAUGUGCAUGAAUACUACACCAUUGGGAGGUAUUUAUUGGCAUAUGAGGAAGGUUUGCAGCCCAUAAGAGGGUCAAAUAUGUGGCCUGAGAAAAAAAGGGGUCGGCCAAAGAAAGCAAGGCCUGAAACAAUUGGAGAAGCAACAGGGACUUCAAGUAGUGUUGUACCUACUGUAUCUGAAGCAAGAAGAUCUCAACUGAGAAGUGGAGUCUACACAGCUGGAAGAGGUACUUAUGCCAAAUUCAAAGCUCCAAGAAGAGGUCGAGGUGCAAGAAAGACGGUUGUUAGCCAUGAUGCAAGAAGUGAAGUUGUGCAAGAAAUUGGCAACACUCAAGAAUCAGCCAACACUUAG